AAGAGCUUCAGUCUGUAUACAGAUCACGAAGAUUAUGUAUCAUAGUGGUGCAGCUCUCAGCUGUCAUCGAUAACGAUGCUAUUUUGAUAAACGCAAUAGUCUUGAAUCGAUAUUCGCAAAAAUAAGACCGGAUAUCUUGGCUUUCCGCAUUCCACGAAAAAGAAAACUGCUAAAGGCAAGUGUUCUUAACGUUGCCAUAAAAUCAUCUGUGCGCGGAAAACAAACAAUUUGGCUGAAAAACAUCAAAAUGGAGCAGUACUACAUCGAUGAUUUUGGACCCAAAUAUAGCGAUUUGCCAAUGGAAAUCUUGGUCAAAAUAUUUGGUUACCUGAAUCCAGGAGAUAGAUUUGCUGUCGGUCUAACAUGCAAACGGUGGCUGGAAGCAACGCAAUAUCAACACUUCAUCAACGAUGUUUGUCUCAACUUUUACAAAACCCAUUUCAACGACACCACAAACCCAGUACUUUAUUUGUUGAAGAGUUUUCGAUCCUUUCAAAACGUUUGUUUUACACAAGUUGAUUUCAAUGAAACCGAGCAAUUUUUCUCCAGAUUUGGUUUGCAUAUUCAUGAGCUUAGUUUCAAGGCAUGUGAUAUUCGAGAAAAAACCUUCAUUUGUAUGUUGAUGAUGGUACCUAAUUUGCGAACUUUGAGAGUGGAAGGUUGCAGAGAACUGUUAAUGUCAGGAAGAUUAUUUGAACCUGGACCAGAUCAGCAAAUAUUAGCUAGUACAUUAGAAAAUGUAACCAGGCUUAGUUUGGGUUUCAAUCGUUUCCUGUCGGAUGCCUUGUUUAAGCGAAUAGUCCUGCUAAUGCCAAACUUGGAAGAUUUAGAUCUGACCAGUUGUUCCAUUUCAUUUCACAAAGGACUUUACCGAAAAUUCUAUCCCGGUCGUCCAGAUGAUGCCUCAGAAAACGUGUUGACAUUUUAUUAUAUUUCACAAUUUAUUGAGCGCCAAGCACAUAAAUUGAAGAAAUUGAAUUUUAGUUCAACACUAAUCGAUGGCGAUGCACUUGAGGUGUUGGCUGGUUUCAAGUUGCUAAACCUUGAAAGCUUUGAUUUGAAUUCUUGUGACCAAUUAACUAAUCCUGGUAUAACGGCUCUAGCUCAAGCAAAAACUACACUGCAGUAUUUGGAUUUUUCCAAAUCGGUACGCUUCACAGAUUCUUGUUUGCAUAAAAUUUGUCAUCAUUUGCCGAACCUAGUUUCACUGAAAGUUCGUCGCUGUCGGGCCUUAACAGAUCUUGGUAUAGUGGAGAUAGUGCGAUUGGAAAAAUUACAAGUUUUGGAUAUUUCUGAAUGUGAAUCUGUAACUGGACAAGGCAUUAUAAAAGGCAUCGCUUCAAAGUUGAAUCCCACAUUACUUGAACUUUACGUCAGUGCACUGAAUUUAUGCGAGAGCUCGGUUACCAAAAUUGCGGAAUGCUUUCCUUCAUUACGCGUGCUGGAUCUGAGCUACUGCUUCCAUUCGGUGUCAGAUCUUUGCUUACAAAUGAUAUUUAAAAAUUUGAUAUGGUUGAGACACCUGAACUUGGACUGCUGUGAUAAGAUUUCCGAUAGUGCCAUGACUGGUGUAGGAAUGUUGCAAAAGGUUCAAGAUUUCGAAACCAAUAAGACAACGGUAGCCCAAUCAGUAACACCCAGUAGUUCUGCGAGUGACGAAAUCGAUCAGAUGCCGCCAGUUCCUAGUCGUCCAUCAACAAGCAAUAUAUCAGAAGAGCCUUUUAAAAUAUCUAUCCGUAGCAAAGCAGAGCAGGAGAUCGUCAAUGAUGCUUUGCGGAAAAGAGCUAUGAUGGAGAUAUGCCAGCAGAACGAGUUCCACAAAGAUGAUGCUAGUACUGGCUACUCCAUCGACCGCCUUAAGGGAUUGCGAGUGUUACGUCUAUCACAGUGCAAUAAGCUAUCCGAUAUAUCUUUGAUGUAUGCUUUCAAGUUAAAGGAAUUGAAAGAAAUUAGCUUGGCUAAAUGCCAGCAAAUAUCUGGUGUGGGUAUAAAAUCAUUGGUACAAAACUGUCCAUCUCUCGAAGUGGUGGACCUCAGCGAAUGUCAUAACGUCAACGAUAAAGCAAUUGAAAUGAUUGCCAUACAUUUGAGACGCUUGCAGAUUUUGUCCCUUGAAAGAUGCUUCCAGCUUUCCGACUUCAGUUUGGACUACAUUGCAAUUCAUUGCAAAGCGCUGCGAUCUCUAGAUGUGAGAGGCUGUCGGAAUAUGUGCGCUGAACCAAAUCUUCGGCUAGUCAACGUGCCCACCCUUCGGACUGUUCACAUGAGCAAGCCCGGUCCAUACGUGGGUGAACCUGGCUAUUUCGUGAAGAAACCACCCCCACCACCGAUGCCAAAACGUAUUUAAUAUUUACUGUUACUUGAUGCUGGUGGAUUGUUAAUUGUUGUUUUGAUAUUGAUUAUUUAUUUUUUAUUGUUUUAAAUAUUGUCGUUGAUAAUCCAGUAUUUGUAAACAAAUAAUCCAGUAUUUGAAAACAAAUAAAACAGACCAAAUAUUUUCUCAGAGUUACAAUAAACAUGUCGCAUAUAAACU